CCGAAACAAUCCAACUAAUAAUUUCUAAACAUGCAUUUUUCGGCAAUGACACCUGCUACCGCGAAUCACACAGGUAUUUGGGACAAUCGUAUCUUAUCUACACCUCGGUAGACGAGACUCGUCCCAAAAUCCCAAAUUCGUUCACCGACUCACUCGCCAAUCAACCGCCAUGAAGCUGCUACUGCCGUGUGCCGCCAUCAACCUGACAGUCUGCGUGGCGCUCGUCAGCUGCGCCUGUUACCUGCGGCUGGGCGAACGGAAGCCGAUUGAUUUUUACAUGCGUACGCUGCACGCGUCCCAGGGACCGGUGGAACCGGCGGAAAACCUCACCCUCCUGUUUGACUACGCCGGUGAUCCGCUGUUCAACGAGGAGCUGACGUACAUUGACGUGUACGGAUCGGUUUCGAGUUGCGUUUUCCAUGUGUUCACCUUUAACAACAAAACCGUACGGGUGAGCCUUUCGAGCGAGGAACCGUUAAGGAGCUUGACCGGGAAUAUGACGAUAUACGGAAUUCGGUGGGCGAAUUGAAAGUGUUUUGCUACAAAUAAAUAUUAAAAUUGGUCAUAUACAAUCUACUGUACAAUACUAAAUCCACUGAAGGCGGUUAUUUUCUUUCACAGUUUUUUAUGACAUUCACUUUUAAAAUCUAUUAUCAGU